AUGAAGAGCCUUCUCUUUUUGUUACUGUCUGUUAGCUUUUCUUAUGCAUUCCCCAUCCAUCCAGGAAACAGGAGUGAAGAACAAAAGGCGCAGCUUGUACAGUACCUAGAACAGUUCUAUGAGCUAGAAAAUGAACCGAAACCACGAGCCAGGAAAAGCAGCAAUUCCUUAGAGGGCAAAAUCCGACAAAUGCAAGAUUUUUUUCGGCUGAAUGUGACGGGAAAGGCGGAUGAUGACACGCUAGCUGUUAUGCAACAACCAAGAUGCGGUGUGCCGGAUAUUGGCAGCUUUGUUUUGGCUCUUCCUGGAUGGAGUAAAACCAAACUUACAUACAGGAUCUUGAAUUACACACCUGAUAUGAAAGCAGCUGAUGUGGACGCAGCUAUUCAAAGGGCGUUCAACAUCUGGAGUACUGUAAGUCCUCUGAUAUUCACGAGGAUUCAUCAAGGGACAGCAGACAUAAAUAUUGAGUUUGUGACUGGAGCACACGGCCGCUGUCCUCGGCCCUUUUAUGGGCCCCAGCAAGCUCUGGCACAUGCAUUCCCCCCGGGCUAUCCUUUCCGUGGAAACGUCCACUUCAAUGAGUACUACAACUGGGCUGCUGAUUCAGCUAUUGAUGCACCAUAUCAACUAAGAUUCAACUUGUUCCUUGUCGCUGCUCAUGAGAUUGGCCAUGCUCUUGGACUUGCACAUUCUAGUGACCCAGAAGCAUUGAUGUUCCCAUACUUCAAGUCCACUCUCUCUGUCGACUUCCCUCUCACCCAAGAUGAUAUUAAUGGCAUUCAAGCAAUCUAUGGACCUUCACCUAACCCACCAAAGGAGCCAGCCAAACCAACAUUGCCUAAGGCCUGUGACCCUAAGAUAUCAUUUGAUGCUGUUACUACGCUGAGACGGGAAGUCAUGUUCUUAAAGGGCAGGCACUACUGGAGAGUAUAUCCUGAUCUCUCUGAAGUUAAUUAUGAAUUAAUUUCUACCUUUUGGCCUUCUCUACCAUCUGGCACCCAAGCAGCAUAUGAAAACAUGAACGAUCGAGUUCUCUUUUUCAAAGAUAAUCGCUUCUGGGCCCUAAAUGGAUUACAGAUGGAGCCCGGCUACCCCAAAACUAUUGACCAUUUGGGUUUCCCACAAAACAUUAAGAAAAUUGAUGCUGCUGCUUUUGAUGAGGAUACUGAGAAAACAUAUUUCUUUGUUGGUAACCAGUACUGGAGGUUUGAUGAAAACAGUCAAUCCAUGGACAAGGGGUAUCCAAGAAAAACAAGAGAAGAUUUUCCUGGGAUUGGCCCAAAGGUUGAUGCUGCUUUUCAGCAUAAUGGAUUCUUCUAUUUUUUCUAUAGGUCAAAGCAGUGGGAGUUUGACCUCAAGGAUAAACGGGUGAUUCGUGUAAUGAAGAGCAACAGCUGGCUUAAUUGUUAGCAUUAAACAACUCAGUAUUUAGUAAGCAAAGAAAAGUAUCCCAACUGUAUAUUU